AUGUCGGUGAUUGGGAUUACUUUUGGGAACACGCUGCUGUCGGUGGCCGUGGCCAACGACGGCAAGGUCGACGUCAUCGCCAACCCCGACGGCGACCGCGCCAUCCCCUCGGCGUUGCUGUACGCCGGCGACGACGAGUACCACGGGUUCCAGGCGGUGCUGCAGUUGAUCCGCAACGCCCCCAACACCAUCAUCAACUUCCGUGACUACAUCGGCAAGCCCUUCGCUGAAAUCAACGCCGACGUCGCCCACGGCGCCGCCCCCAAGCAGGUGGGCGACGGCGUUGGCUACGAGGUUGAAGUCAAGGGCGAAAAGCAGUCUUUGCCCGUCGAGGAAGUGACCAAGCGCCACUUGACCCACUUGAAGCACGCCGCCGAGGACUACACCGGUAAGACCGUUGAGGGGGCUGUCAUCGCCGUCCCCACCGACUUCUCCGACGCCCAGCGCAAGGCGCUCGCGCUGAUCUGCGCCUCCGCCGGCAUCAAGGUGUUGCAGACGAUCAACGAGCCCCUGGCGGCGUUGUUGGCGUACUUGCUGACCGAGGACAACAAGUUGUCCCAGGACAAGACCUACGUGGUGGCUGACUUCGGGGGUAUCCGUUCCGACGCCGCCGUCAUUGUGGUGAGAGGCGGUGUCCUCACCGUGUUGGCUACCGCCCACGAGCACGGCCUCGGCGGCGCCCAAUUGGACGCGGCGUUGCUGGACUUUUUCGCCAAGGAGUUCACCAAGAAGACCAAGGCCGACGCCACCGCCACCGACCGGUCGCGCGCCAAGUUGUUGGCGGAGUCGAUCGUGGUGAAGAAGACGUUGUCCAACGUCCAGACGUCGACGUGCUCGAUCGAGUCGUUGGCCGACGGGCUCGACUUCCACACCACGAUCAACCGGUUGCGCUUCGAGUUGGCGGCGCGCGCGCCGUUGCUGAACAUGUCGGCGUUCGUGGAAAAAGUGGUGACCAAGGCCGGGCUCGACCCUCUCGACAUCGACGAAGUGGUGCUUGUCGGGGGCUCGUCGCACGUGCCCAAGUUGGCGCUGAACAUCCAGUUCCUCUUCCCCGAGCUGACCACCGUCGUCGCCCCCGCCCUCGACCCUAAGGCCACCGACCCGUCGGAGUUGAUUGCUAGAGGCGCUGCGUUGCAGGCGCUGUUGAUCGAGCUGUUCGACGACGAAGAGAUCGCCGAGCUGUUACAGCCGAUCGUCGUCAACACCCAGCACCUCCGCCACCCCAUCGGCAUCAAGGACGCCGCCGGCAACUUCGUCCCCAUCUUGCUUUCGGAGACCGCUUACCCGAUCAAGAAGUCGAUCGAGGUGACCAACGGCGACUCGCCCGCGGUGGCCAUCGAGUUGUACGAGGGGAAGAAGACGAUCAAGGAGACCGUGAUCGAGCCCGAGGCCAAGGACGCCGACGCCGACGACGACGACGACUCCGACUUCUCCGACGACGAGCCCGAAGUUAAGCGCGAAAUCGUCUACGAGGUCGGCACCAAGCUCGCCGAGUUGACGGUGAAGGACUUGAAGCCGAACGCCAACGUCGAGGUGGUGGUCAACAUCAAGCAGGACGGCACCCUCCAAUUGUCCGGGAGAGAAUUGAAGCAGGGGCUGGUCGCGGUCAAGGGCGAGCUCAAGGGCCACUAA